AUCCCUGAAAUGACAUAAGUAAAGAUCGCGCUUAUAAUAAUAAAAGAAUAUUAAAAUCACAAAAAGAUAUUUGUCGGAAAUUUGGUAUAAUUUUAAUAUUGGAUUCAUAUUGUUUCUACAGUUGAGAAAGACAAUUUGUAAUUCUCAGUAGUGGGUGCUACGUCUACUACAAUGAAUUUUCUCGUCAUUAGCAGUGUCAUACUUAUGCUACCUAAGUCAUCAAGCACUGAAAUUGAAAUAUAUAGAAAAGAUUCUAACUGCACUGCACUGGACCCUGUGGUCAACGGCUUUGUCAAUACUUCUCAAAGUGAAUAUCAGCAAGGUGAUGUUAUUCAGGUGGCAUGCAAUGAUGGGUAUGAACCACAUUACACCAACACAGCGCAGUGUCGUGAAUUUGGCAUCAUUCAAUUUACGCCCUUUACAUGUAAAAUUAAAACAUGUACUGUUCCAACAAUACUGUCUAACGGGUUCAUUAACCCAUUUCCAAAUACGGAUGGUUUAUACACCAUAAAUACAACGAUAACAUUUACCUGUAAACAGAAUUUUACUUUAAUUGGUGUAAGAACGAUGAAGUGUCUCGGAAAUAACAGAUGGGCGGAGACUGGAACCUCCGUUUGCCUAAGUGACUCUUACAUGUACGAAUUUGCAUUAAAGAAGAUUCAUGAAGAAACAGUUAAAACAUGUGCUCUGUCACCAAUGGUAGCAAAUGCAUAUGCAACUCCGAAUCCAGACUCAAACAAUCGUUUCCCUGUUAAUACGACGGUAACAAUCACGUGUGAAGAGAGUUUUAUGCUAAUUGGUAAGAACACAAUGAAGUGCCUUGAUGAUGGCAAGUGGACAGAGGAAGCCCCCUUUUGCCUUGCCAGCUCAUACACAUGGUGGUAUAACAUUGGACUUGUAGCAAUAUGCGUAACACUCUUCAUUGUUGCUAUCGUGCUUAUAUCUGUAAUUUUGUGCCAACGGCACAAACCCUUAAAACAAACGAUACAACCAACCCUAACAAAUAGAGAUUCAUUAGCUGAAAGUGGAAUUGAUGUUAAUGAAAAAGAUGAAGAUGAAUCUAGCCCGAUGAUAAAUAAUGUUCAUUUAGCUGAUGUUCGACAGACAGUUAUUGACGAGAAAGACAUACAUCCAAACGAUUCUGCUUACGAAAAAGAAGUAAGCCAUCCGGUUCGACCGGUAGAUGUUAUUCCAUCGGCACCACCACCCAAAGAUUGUAACCCUGAAAGUAUCCAUAAUACAAAUUAUACAUACAACAUAUUUGGGAAUGUCACACAUCAGACUGAGAAUAUUAAAGCUGAAAAUAAUGAUGAUAAGAACGGUCAAAAACCAGAUAGAAAACAACCAGAAGAUGAACAUGUACCGGAGAAAACACCAACUGAGGAGUCACAGACAACUGUUGUCGCUCUCCAGGAAACCGAGGACGGAACAUGCAAAGGAGCAAAACCAAUAAUUGAAUAACGAUUCUGACAGUGUGCCAAAAUGUCUAAAAAAACUACAGGUUGAUGACUGUUCAUAACUAUUUGAUUUAAUAUAUAGCUCUAUAGGUUUUUAAUUUAUGCUAUAUAAUGUGUUUGAUUUAUGAUCUAUAAGGAAUUUAUGCUCUAUAAGGUAUUUGAAUUACGCUCUACAAGGUAUUUAAUUCAUGCUCUAAAGGGUAUUCAAUAUGUUCUCUAUAUGCUAUCUAUUCUAUGCUCUGUAGGGUUUUUAUGCUCUAUAGGGUAUUUAAUUUAUGCUCUAUAAGGUUUUUAAUUUAUGCUCUAAAGGGUAUUUAAUUUAUACUCCGUAGAGUAGUAUAGAAUCUGAAACAGUUAUAUGGCAGAAAAUGUAUUGUAUUCAAAUAUCAUAUUUAUUGUAUAACACGUUUAACGUUCACCUAAGCACAUACGCAUUUUUUUAAGUUUUCAAUUACAUUUUCAUUUCUAAGAAUUAAGAAAUGCAUUGUGGCUGCCAAGUUUAGUAGGAGCCGUAGGAUAAGAAGUGCUCUUGAAAGAUAUUUGUACUAACUGUCAACCGUCAAUCAGCAAAGUGCAUAUCCAGAAUCAUAGGAAAGAGAUUGCUAAUAGACAGUCGGACGAACGUGGAACAUGGAAAUGUGAAAGGGAAAGGUGUUGUAACAUAAAACGUCUCAUCGAGCUUAUUAAAACUGGCAAUAGGAUCAAUAUGCUGGCUAAAAAGUGCUUUUCAAUGAUGUACUCACUGUUCUUAAAAUAAAACAUACUGUUUCGUCGGAAUACAAGCUUCAAAGAUCUAAUUUCACAAUCAUAUAAUGUAAUUCAUAAGAAAAUAAAUGACAAAAGAGAACAUAAUUUUGUAUAUAAGGGGAUUAUAUAUAUAUAUAUAUAUAUAUAUAUAUAUAUAUAUAUAUAUAUAUACACACAUUUCUAUUUUUUACCGUCAGUGUUUGAGGUAUAUUGCAAAUAUAUAUAAUGCUAUGUUUAUUGUAAAUAUUAUAGCAAAUAAUAAUAAUGAUAAUCAUAAUAAUAAUGAUGAUAAUAACAAUUAUAAUGGUAAUCAAAAUUGUAAAAAGUGUAAUUCAUUACUUAUUUAAAAGAAUGUACGUAGAUUUGCUUUUUCAUUUACAUGUUUUUUAUACCUAGCUCCAGGGCUGCAUGGUUAUUUUUUAUAUAUAUUCUGCAAACUUUUUAUAAGAAAAUUUUAAGCUUCUUAAAUAGCACAAUUUAUGUGAUGGCUGAACAAGGGGCAAUAAAAAUGUCAAUGAAUCAACCCGAUGUAAUGGAGUAACUUCUCUCUUUUAAAGGAAUGGACGGGAGCCAGUUUAGUCUUUGUAUAAUCUAUUCAUUAAGAAACUCGAGCCAAACAUGUAAAUAUUAUGAAUAAAAAUAAAAUAUGAUAUGACAUA